AUGUCCAAACCAUUUUCCGCUGAAGAUGCCGAGAAUCUCGAGGCUAUCGAACAACAGUUUGCCGUCAAGGCUGUCGCCCAGGCUGAAGCUUAUUGGAGUCUGCUACGAGUCCGCAAGGGCUCUGAUUUACGUUUGACACCUCUUGAGAAUGAAAUUUACGACCACUUUGUGUCAUCUUUCCCUGAGUAUCUUGAGGAACCUGAGCGUGUGCGCAAUCUGAAUGAGACUAAGGACCUUAAGAGUCCUGAAGCUAAGAAGCGGUGGCGCGAGUACCUUAACGUUUACGAAAAGAAGAUGGAUGAAUUUAAUUUUGGAACCCUGCUGCGGUUGAGUGCCAAUGAUGAGUACACAGAACAAAAUACAACCUUUAGUGUUCGUGCUCAGUUCUAUGCAAUUGAAGUCUUUAGAAACAGACACUGCAUGAAUGAUUGGAUUUACGAGCAGGCUCAAAAGGAGAAGGAAGCUAAGAAAUAA